GGACAGGUCGCCCCGGCCACAGGGAAGGGCAGACUUCAAUUAAAGAGGACACAUGUGAUGAAGACGGCAAGACUGCAACGAACGGAAUCAGGCCACCAGGAAGCAUGACAAACCAACCAUCAACGACGGAGCUGAAAACCAAGGACAACUCAUCAUCGACUGCACUUCCAAAAACCGCGCCAGGAAACGAUUGGAGUGCCAUCCGAAAGUCGUGGCUACAACCGAACGUGAAGAACGACGAGCCUCGGCCAUCCUCAUCAUCCGAUCAAGCUGCAACUACUCCCAACCAGCUCCAGAAGAAAAACCCAAAGAGGUUGGAAAAAAUCGAUAAAAUGUUGGCCGAUUAUGAUCAAGCAUCUCGACUCGGUCAUUCAAAUCCAAAGCCCAUGCUCAGCGUCGUUGACUUUGCAUUUCGAUUGACCGACGAGUACGUGCGUCACCCCGCUCCGAUUCCACUCUCUCAAGCUGUUUCAGUGCUAUAUAGAAGCUGGUUUCAUGAUGGUACCAUCCCAGAGUUUCAUCUCGAAAAGAUGAAAGAUGCCGAUGAUACUGAACAAGAACAACUGCAAGGAUAAUUCAUUUCUUUACUUUCGGUUUGUCCCUUUCCCAGCUUGGAAACCUAAUUACUAUGUAGAAGAAUCACCUAUCAAAGUUGGAGUCCAUCAUGAACUACCUCAAUCAGGUCUUGCCAUGCCUGAUUCAUCCAUGUCUAGAUUAAUCUUGUUUUAUUUCAGAAUCGUACUCCGCCCAAAGAUUGUAGAUUUUUUUUUGUUUCGCCGGAAAACCCGGAGCUAGGAGUUGUAGAACCGUGAUACAUUGACUUGAUUACUUUCGAACUCCCUCUACGUUCUAUUUACAUGUGAUGUUUCUCGUCUGGACAAGCACAUCGAAGUGGCUAUUUCUUCACCCAUCAUAAAAUACACAAUAUUUACUCGGUAGUUUUCAUAACAUCUGUACAUUGUCAUAUACACUUAAGAUUGUAAAAAUUCAUGUCGACUUGAACUAUUCUCAGCAGCUCUUGCGGGUAGCUGACUGUCUCAAGAC